GCGUAGGGUGGCCAAUCGGGCCCCCGGCCACACUCAACAUGGCCCCGCCCGGGACCUGCGCGCGCAGGGGUCAAAGGACUACGGGCACCGGUGGCGGGAAACGCGAGCAGCGGAGAGAGACACACGGAAUUCUGUACCCGGCGGACGAGAUGGAGCACAAACGCCGCCCUGCGCCCAGUGCGGGGCUGCCCGGGGCCAAGCGCCCCCGCGGGGCCCGGGCCGAGGAGGACGAGAUGCCCCAGUCCCAGUUUGAGGAGGAGCUGGCGCUGAUGGAGGAGAUGGAGGCCGAGCGGAGGCUGCAGGAGCAGGAGGAGGAGGAGCUGCACCUGCCCCCCGAGGGGGCCGAGGGGCACUUCACCCCAUCUGCCUGGGACACUCGCUGGCUCCGGCCUGCCCCGCCAGCCCUGGAUCCCAAGACGCAGGCCCUCGUCUUUCAGCAACUUGAGAUUGACCACUACGUGGGUUCCCCGUUGUCGCCGCCGUCCUCAGGGGCCCCCGAGGCAGUCCCCAUCCUACGGGCCUUUGGGGUCACAGAUGCCGGAGUCUCCGUCUGCUGCCACAUCCACAGCUUUGCCCCCUACUUCUACGUCCCCGCGCCCACUGGCUUUGGCCCCGAGCAUCUGGGGGACCUGCAGCGAGAGCUGAACUCUGCCGUGAGCCGGGAGCAGCGAGGGGGCAAGGAGCUGAAGGGACCCGCUGUCCUGGGGGUGGAGCUCUGCACCCGUGAGAGCAUGUACGGCUACAUUGGUCGGGGCCCCUCGCCCUUUCUGCGGGUGACCCUGGCCCUGCCUCGCCUCAUGGCCCCUGCCCGGCGCCUGCUGGAGAACGGCAUGCGGCUGCCUGGCCUCGGCUCCCCCAGCUUCCCACCCUACGAAGCCAACGUGGACUUUGAGAUCCGGUUCAUGGUGGACACCGAUAUUGUGGGAUGCAACUGGAUCGAGCUCCCCGCAGAGAAGUACCAGCUGAGGACUGAGGGGAAGGCCACACUGUGUCAGCUGGAAGCAGAUGUGCUGUGGUCAGACGUGGUCAGUCACCCUCCGGAGGGGCCGUGGCAGCAGAUCGCGCCUCUCCGGGUGCUGAGUUUUGACAUCGAAUGUGCUGGCAGGAAAGGCAUCUUCCCGGAGCCGGAGCGGGACCCCGUGAUCCAGAUCUGUUCUGUGGGCCUACGCUGGGGGGAGCCAGAGCCCUUCCUGCGCCUCGCCCUGACCUUGCGCCCCUGCGCCCCCAUUCUGGGCGCUCAAGUCCUCAGCUUUGAGCGCGAAGAAGACCUUCUUCAGGCCUGGGCCUCCUUUGUCCGCACCAUGGACCCCGAUGUCAUAACCGGCUAUAACAUCCAGAACUUUGACCUCCCGUAUCUCAUCUCCAGGGCGCAGACCCUCAAGGUCUUGUCCUUUCCAUUCCUGGGCCGGAUCUCAGGCCUUCGCUCCCAGAUCCGCGACUCUUCCUUCCAGUCCAAGCAGACGGGCAGACGAGACAGCAAAGUAGUCAGCAUGACUGGGCGGGUGCAGAUGGACAUGCUGCAGGUCUUGCUUCGAGAGCACAAGCUUCGCUCCUACACCCUCAAUGCUGUCAGCUUCCACUUCUUGGGAGAACAGAAGGAGGAUGUGCAGCACAGCAUUAUCACUGACCUGCAGAAUGGGAACGACCAGUCCCGCCGCCGCCUGGCCGUAUACUGCCUGAAGGACGCCUUUCUGCCCCUUCGGCUUCUCGAACGCCUCAUGGUCCUGGUCAAUGCCGUGGAGAUGGCCAGAGUCACGGGCGUCCCCCUUGGCUACCUGCUCACUCGGGGUCAGCAGGUCAAGGUCGUAUCCCAGCUACUCCGGCAGGCGGUACGUGAGGGCCUCGUGAUGCCAGUGGUGAAGACUGAGGGGGGUGAGGAUUUCACAGGAGCCACAGUGAUUGAGCCCCUGAAAGGGUACUAUGAUGUCCCCAUCGCGACCCUGGACUUCUCCUCUCUGUACCCAUCCAUCAUGAUGGCCCACAACCUGUGCUACACAACACUGCUAAGGCCAGGGGCUGCCCAGAAGCUGGGCCUGACCUCUGACGAGUUCAUAAAGACCCCAACGGGGAAUGAGUUUGUUAAGGCCUCUGUGAGGAAGGGCCUUCUGCCUCAGAUCUUGGAGAACCUGCUCAGUGCCCGGAAGAGGGCCAAGGCAGAGCUGGCCAGAGAAACUGAUCCCCUGCGGCGGCAGGUUCUGGAUGGACGUCAGUUGGCACUGAAAAUUAGCGCCAACUCGGUCUAUGGCUUCACCGGAGCCCAGGUUGGGAAGCUGCCCUGUGUGGAGAUCUCUCAGAGCGUCACUGGGUUUGGGCGACAGAUGAUUGAGAAAACUAAGCAGCUGGUGGAGUCCAAGUACACCGUGGAGAAUGGAUACAGUGCUGAUGCCAAGGUGGUGUAUGGAGACACAGACUCCGUGAUGUGCCGCUUCGGGGUCCCCUCGGUGGCAGAGGCAAUGGCGCUGGGCCGAGAGGCUGCAGACUGGGUGUCCAGCCACUUCAUCUCACCCAUACGGUUGGAGUUUGAGAAGGUCUACUUCCCAUACCUGCUUAUCAGCAAGAAGCGCUACGCGGGCCUCCUCUUCUCCUCGCGCUCUGACUCUCACGACAAGAUGGAUUGUAAAGGGCUGGAAGCCGUCCGCCGAGACAACUGCCCGCUGGUGGCCAACCUGGUCACAUCUUCGCUGCGGCGCCUCCUCAUCGAUCGCGACCCCUCUGGCGCGGUGGCCCACGCCCAGGAUGUCAUCUCGGACCUCCUCUGCAACCGGGUCGACAUCUCACAGCUCGUCAUCACCAAGGAGCUGACGAGGGCCGCCGCCGACUAUGCGGGGAAGCAGGCCCACGUCGAGCUGGCCGAGAGGAUGAGGAAGCGGGAUCCCGGCAGCGCCCCCAGCCUGGGGGACCGAGUGCCCUACGUCAUAAUCGGCGCCACCAAGGGUGUCGCGGCCUACAUGAAGUCAGAGCCCAGGCCCUUUCUGCUGCAGCCCUGCUGCCUCCCCUCUGGCCCCCAGGACCCCCUGUUUGUGCUGGAGCACAACCUGCCCAUCGACACACAGUACUACCUGGAGCAGCAGCUGGCAAAGCCCCUGCUAAGGAUCUUUGAGCCCAUUCUGGGCGAGGGCCGGGCCGAGACCGUGCUGCUGCGUGGUGAGCACACUCGCUGUAAGACAGUGCUGACGGCCAAGGUUGGGGGGCUCCUCGCCUUCGCCACGCGCAGGAGCAGCUGCGUCGGUUGUCGGGCUGUCCUCAGCCACCAUGGAGCUGUGUGCAAAUUCUGCCUUCCCCAGGAGUCAGAGCUGUACCAGAAAGAGGUGGCACACCUGGGUGCCCUCGAGGAGCGGUUCUCCCGCCUUUGGACGCAGUGCCAGCGCUGCCAGGGCAGUCUGCAUGAGGAUGUGCUCUGUACCAGCCGAGAUUGUCCCAUCUUCUACAUGAGGAAGAAGGUGCAGAAAGAUCUGGAUGACCAGGAACAGCUCCUGGCUCGGUUCGGGCCCCCAGGCCCGGCCACCUGGUGAUGGAGGACAUGGUUUUGGACGUUGGGAUCAAUAAAGCUGUGGGCUUUGGGUU